GCAAUUCAGCUCUCAGACGUUUCCCGUAGGCUCGAGCACGCACGCAAAGAUGACCAAGAUGAUGCCUUUCCGAGAUCUUCCCACAAGGCCAAGAAUGGUUGUGCCGCAGUGGUUGCCCAUGAAGGAGGACAAGGAGAUCAAGUACACCCUCAGCCUGGUGAACGGUGUCUACCAGAUGCACAAGCAAGAGGAGGAGGCCACCAAUGAGCUGAUCCGAACGUUCGAGUCUAGAGACGACGACGUCUUCGUGUGCACGUUUUGCAAGUCCGGGACGACGUGGGUACAGCAGAUCAUAACACUGCUGCUCAACAACGGAGAGCAGGGGGACAAGAACUAUACGUCGGUGGUGCCAUGGAUGGAAUCGCUGCUCUUCACCCAAUCAGCGGACCAGCCGCGAGGACCUGGCCGAGACCACGAGGCUAAGGGCUGGACACUCGAGAAGAUCAAGUCUAACCCUGAAAGGCGCUUCUUCAAGUCGCACGCUAACCUCAAGCAGCUGCCAGUGGGCACUGCCAAGGGGGUGAAGGUGAUUUACGUGGCGCGGAACCCCAAGGACGUCAGCGUCAGUCUGUACCACCACGUCCGCAACAAGCAACGGAACGUUUUUGACGGAGACGAGUCGGACAUGAUCCGCUGCUUCGUUCAGGGAAGGCGAGUAUGCGAAAACGGUUCGUGGUUUAACCACGUGCUGGAGUGGUGGGAGGCAGCUCAGGCGGAUCCGGAUCACGUCCUGUUCCUCCACUACGAGAACUUGCUCAGAGAUCCAGAGGAGAACAUCCGGAAGAUCGCACAAUUCGCGGGCAUCGAGCACACGCCCAAGACCAUUGCCAAGACGAUUCAAGCAUCCACCAUCGAUGCAAUGAGGCAGAAUGCCACGGUGAACACCAGGCCCGGCGAGAACCACUUCCGCAAGGGGGGUGCCGGGGGUUGGCGCGACGUGUACACGGUGAGGGAGUCGGAGGCUUUCGACCAGAUCUACAUGGAGCAGAUGGAAGGCACUGGCCUCAAGAUGGAUUUCGGCGAGGGACUCGUCAUGCCUUAGUCUAGCAGUGCAAGCAGCACGCACCCUGUAGAGCACGGAAUUUUGUCGGGUCGCUCUGUACUGCUGUCGUCCGCUCAUGUCUGGUUCUAGAAUACCUAGCCAGUUGGAUAGCGGUGGACGUGGUAGGCUGGUCCGGGUAUUUGUGCCCCCCGCCCGUGUCUAGCUAAAAUCUCGAGCGGCGAAGGACGGUAAUGCAAGUAAUAGUUCUUUCUACAGUGCCUUGCCCUCAACGUCGUGUACGAGUCAGCCCUCUGUCCUAUGCACACGUGCAUGAAACCAUGCGCAUGCUCAAUUGCGACCGUCUGUACCAAGACCAACUCGUGUACCGGAAAGGUUUCGGCGGCUUUGUUUGCCCUGAAGUGUGUACAGCAGUACAGAAGAAACCAACACCGGUGUAGGGGUAGGUUUGCGAUUGACAGCAGUCUUGCUGGAUGUAUUCGGCCGCAUAGAGCAAAGGGAUUCGACCUAUGGUCUGUCUCGCUUGCACCCGGCCGGCACGAGUGUUAUCCACUCUUCUUUGAAGAGUAGAGCAGUCAACCCUUGUAUGCCGGUACAUAUUGCACCGAGGCACCGCAUUUUUCUCGCGGCCCCUUAGUGAAGGGAAGGGACCACUGUUUGCUGUUGCACAUACAUUGUAUCGCGGUUAAAUGUAGACCUUCCCGUAAUCAAGCGAGUGUUACAGGCUCCAAGUAUCGUAGCGUAAGUAGGCGAAGGGUGAAAAAUCAACAUCAAGAGGGGGAUAUAUACAUGACCGAAUGGAGUCGGUCUGUCCCUCGAUUGCAGGUGGUGCCCGAACGAUUGCGUGUCUUGGUGCGCGUGGCACCAAUUUGCUAGGAAGGGCGAGUCGCUCGAACGAGCGUGCGUGCGUCUAGAAUACCAAGCCCACGCAAUUGCUGGUCAGGGGGUGGGAGGGGCAAGGGGCCCUCCAUGUAGAAAACGUGGAACGCCCCACCCAUCCCCCCCGGGCCAAGACUGGCACGCAGGAUAGCCACUCUAGGGGGCUCACUUGCAGCGGUCUACUAUGUAGGAUUUAAGUGUUUCCGUAGUAAAACCAAUAUGCUCUUCAUUGUAUAAGAUGUCGCGCCGCAUUCUGAAACCCAUAUAAAACUCUUUGGUGUGCAGGCUUUAGUAUCGUUCGUCGUAUCAUACUAUACCAUCCAAUACACCCCCCCCUCCUCGCAACUGUUACGGCAUUUGGAGGUAAACAUGUGAUCGCUCGCCCUCUCGAUCGGUUUUGAGACUGGCUAUUAUUGCUUCUUUCUGCUCUUGGCUCGCCCUCUUUAUCCCUUUGAGACUGGCUCUUGCCUCGCGUACUUUCCCGCCACCGUUUGUCACAUGUCGGUUGUUUGCCGAAAGUUUUCGCUCCCCUUGUACUGUUUUUUUCAACGCGACCUAGGUUUGCUCCUAGUGUGAUGCCACCCCCCCUGUGUGCAUUGUCAACGUCCCGCUUAUGGUUUGCUUUGCAUUUUUAUGGCCCGACGUUCCGCCGGUGCUUCUAUUCCAUGCCACGGUCAACGUGUUCCUUACUGCUACAUUUUCUAGCAUGUCCUUGUAAUGCAAAUGGCCUUGAUGUACGGGUAGGAUUGUUUUUUCACGCUCCCCCCCCGAUCGCAAGCAAGCGCGUUUGCUCGUGACAAUCGAAUGUUUUUUGUAUGGCGUUUGUGUCCUGCCCGUUUCGUUGGCCGUUGUUCAAUUACAUUCCCCUGGAAAUCCCCUCUUCCCAUGCUUCUUCUCGAUUUUGGUCAGCCCUUUGCGGUUUUCCAUGUCGUUCGCAAGGCAUUAAAGGUUAGGUUGGUUGCAAUUGUUUUUCAUUUCAGCACUCGAUCGUUUCGUUAUCACCUUCCCGCAAGGUUCUGGCUUGCUUUUGAUUGCGUACAAAUUCGACCUGUUCAUCCGUCCGAGACCGUUUGUGAAUUUUCCUCAGCGUUUUCGUUACUUCGUGUUAUGGUCUUUUCGGUUCGCAUGUUUCGGUUUAUUGUUCGCACCCCGCCAGCCUUUCUCCCGGCCGACUUUGCUACCCCCGGCUCCUUUGUGUUGGUGUUCUUGGUUCCGCUUCUCUUGUUCGGUUAACGCAGAGGUACGGGUGAGGGUUUUGAAUUGUCGCAUCUUUGAUCCAUCCCGCCGUCAUCUUGAUUGACUAGAGUCCCUCCAAAGUUUGCUUCUGCAUCUGCAUCUACCACCACUCAGGGUGGGCCAGUGCUAUGGUAUUUGGAGAUAGUCAUGUGAUCGUGGUUGACCAUGGUUAUUUGCAGGGUUGUUCACGGUUAUACCGAGUCGCGGAGCGGUUUUGUCAAAUUGUGAAAUUCCACGGCUGGAGCGGAGCGGUUUUUGUCAUUAAUAGUCUAUAGACUAUAUAUGUAUCACGGAGCAGGACGGAGAGGUUUAUCCGAGGUUAGAAUCUCACCGAGCGGAGUGGUUUUUCUCAAGGGAACAGCUCACGGUUCGGAACCGCUCCGAACCGUGGACAAAAACCAGGGCAUUCUUCGUUAGCGGUUUUUCGUGUCGGCAUAGUUUCCCGCGUUAACCAAAAACCAUGAAACAACACCGUAUUUUUUGGGCGUUAACCGGCCACCACGGCACAGU